UCCUUAAAUAAAUCCAAAUAAAUCUGAAAUAAAAUGACAAUGAAUGAAACACGCGUGACGCGUUGUGGCCUCUUCUCUGGAAAAUGGAGUGUUCACUUGAUUAAAACCAAAAGAACAAAUCUAAAAGAAUUAUUGGUGUGGAAAGAUGAGGCGAAAGAAAGUAAACAAGACAGAACAGUAUAGCGAGUCAAAACGCACUAGUGAUGAGCCUUCGCGUUGGAAAUAUUUGGCAUUUACCGCGUUAUUCGCAUUUCCUGGCAUGAUGUAUGCUGCUGAAGGCUUAUCGAUUUUCACUAAGAACUUUCAACUGUCAUACUUGUUCUUGUUGGCGACGGUUUUCCUCACCGCGGCGAUUUGUCUUUAUUUCCGUGAUUAUCUGAGACAUUCAUAUAAAUUCAUCAUCCUUAUAUUUCUACCGUUUCUGCUCUUUCCGACUUUCAAAGUAUAUUUGUGUUCGCCCGUUCUUUUGGUAAACAAAGACUUUGGUACAAAAUUCAAGUUGGGGGCAACUGCGGAGGAAAUCCUACAAGAUUGCGGAGAAUCUUGUGUGAAGCAGAUCAGCAGAUCUCUUUAUUCAUUGUCGUUCAUCGCACCAAGGAUCACUCUUCAGAUUAAGCCAAAGGAGAUCGUCGAUCUGAAUGCCACAACGAAUUCGGCUUAUGGUGGAGACAAAGCCAAAAUGUCCAAGUUGUUUCUGAUAUUUUCGCUCCGCAGUGUCAAGGGGAAAGUUCAUUCUCUUUCCAUGAUAACGAAAGUGCCAUUUCGAUCAACAAAACUUAUCGAAGCCAUUGCACAGAAGCGAAGUAUGGAACUGACGGGUCGAAUUGUGAAUAUUGGCAAAGAUAUGUUGGAGAUGAAGGCUGGCUUUGAAAGACAACGAUUGUUUGUACGACCAGUUGUUUUUCAACCAUAUCAAUUUGAACUAAAUAAUGACGAUAAAACGUAGGAUAAUAAAUUAUGAAAUGGAAAAUUAGACUGAGAAUUUUCGACAGAGAAUUUUCAGCUAGUAUGAAUUGUGAAACUAUUCUGACAAGAAAUAUGAUAAAUUUUAUGAUCAUUGUGCUAUUAGCAGGUUGUGCAAUAAAAAAAAGAGAUGCACUGAA